ACGUCAUAGUCAGCUGAUCUACACGGAAGUAAACACACCAGAUGACACGUCUGACACUACACAAGCGUACGGAUUACAGUAGCUUUAAAUCGAAUUUACUUGAUAGCUUUAAAUUCCUCACGGAGCUCUGACCCGGGUUGCCCCCCGGAAAAAUGGUGUCUUUAAUAUGCACCUUGCAGGGCCAUCGAGACGACGUGAACUGGUGCGCGUUGUCCGCCACCCACCUGUCCACCUGCUCCGGGGAUAAGACCCUGCGGGUGUACUCCACUGCCCAGGACUUCUCCGAGCUGCCCUACUCGCCCCUGACGGGCCACGGCUACGGCGUCCACUGCUGUUGCUUCAGCCCCUGCGGUCAGUUCCUGGCCUCCUGCUCCACGGACGCCACCACGGUGGUGUGGUCGGUGUCCGCCGGAGAGAUCGAGGCGGUGCUGGAGCAUCCCGGACGGAGCCCCGUCAGGGUGUGCGCCUUCUCCCCCGACUCCACUCACCUGGUGUCCGGCGCGGCAGACGGGACACUGGCGCUUUGGGACUUCCCGGCGAAGCGGCUCUUAAGCACAAGGACGGUGAAUGACGCCACGGUGGUAGCGCUCUCCUUCAGCCCGUGCGGGCAGGCCCUUGCCAGCGGCUCCACCUACGGAGACCUGCGGCUCUGGGAUCUGAACAUGAACCAGGUCUUCGCCGAGAAGAACGCCCACGACCUGGGGGUCACCUGCUGCUGCUUCUCCCCCAGCAAGGAAAAAGUUGAACUGGUGAUGCAUCUGGCUUCCUGCGGUCAGGACAGUCUUGUAAAGAUCUGGACUGUACUAAACACCAUCACUGGAGGCUGGGAGGUGAAGCUACUCCACACGUUGAGGGGCCAGGUGGCCCCUGUUCUGUCCUGUUCUUACUCCUCUGACGGACAGCUGCUGGCAUCUGGCUCUGUGGAUAAAACCGUUACCAUAUAUGAUGCUAACAACGCGGUUUUGCUGUACACAUUGAACCAACACGAAAGGUAUGUGACGGCGUGUGCCUUCUCUCCCACGGAUGCUGUCAUGGCAACAGGAUCCAUGGACAAAACGGUCAACGUCUGGAGGAUCCAGGAUGGGCACAGCUGCAAAGGUGGAAAAUUAGCCCCAGAGGAUUGCGCAACAACCUUCAGUGACGGGAGAACGGCAGCGGGUCGGUCCAGGCUGCUGGUCUCUGAUUGGUCAGAGGAGGAUGUGGGGGCGUGGCUAGUGGAGGAGGGCCUAGAGGGAUUGGCCGUCACGUUCCGAACCAAUAACAUCGAUGGGGCGGAGCUUCUGGAAAUUACCAAAGACACACUGGUGGAGCUGCGUGUGGAGUCAGUGGGUUUGCGUGGUAAGGUCCUCAGGAAGAUCGAGGAGUUAAAAGGUGUGUCUGUGUGUUCGGGUGUACCUGAUGAGUAUCUGUGUCCAAUCACCAGAGAGCUGAUGAAGGAUCCCGUCAUCGCUGCAGAUGGCUACUCCUAUGAGAGGGAGGCCAUUCAGAGCUGGAUCAACAGCCGGAACCGCUCCAGCCCCAUGACCAACCUGCCCCUGAAGACCACCCUGCUCACACCCAACCACACCCUGAAGAUGGCCAUCGGGCGCUGGUCCACCAGCCACUAGUGGGCCUGGGAACCGCCUCACCAGGACUCACCACGCACGAGAGACUAACCGGGAACACACAAGCCACGGCAUAUCCGGUGUUGUUGAUGUAACGCAUGUCUUGGACACAACCAGAAGGCUCUCCGAAGGCCUUCGGGUCGUUUUUCUGGAAGAGGAACGGGGUGUGAGUGAGGUGGCCGGGGGUGUAGUUGGCGUUGCGCUCGACAGAAAAGGUUUCUUAAAGUCUUAAGUAUCAUCCAAUCAAACGGUCACAUUCAGGCAGUGCGCGGACUCAACAAGUCAACUCGGUUAAUUUUAUUUUUGUUUUGUAUUUAUGAUUGACUUGUGGUUGACUUGAUGUGUAUGUCUACAAACCCUCCUUAACAUGCCCUGUGCAGUUUGGAUAACAGUGGCUGCUAAGCAGCUAAAGCUUAAAGGACGUCUGCCCAUUGUGUGUAUGUCUUUGGGGAUUGAACCCAUGACCUUUUUUCUGUGGCGAGUCAGACACCAGAGGACUCGUCACCUGUGUCACUUUAAAGGAGAGAGUCCAAUUAAAUGCACAGACUCUGG